AUGUGCAGGGUGAGAGGGGUCGGCUGUGAUACGACCAGCCCGGCCUCGAGCUCGGGCGACGUACAGUACCCAUCCCUCGCCAUGAACGCAACAAUAUCCUUUCCGCUCUUAGCGUCCUUCUCGGCGCACGAACACUCCCUGCUCUUUCUGACCGUGUUGCUGUACAUUGUGAGCGUGCUCCUCUCCGCCUUCUUGGCGCUGCUGAUCUGUUGGGACUCGCGCCUCCACCGGCCCAUGUAUGUGCUGCUCGCCAACCUCCUACUGAGUACCGUCUCGCUGGUCGACUGCAUGGUGCAAGUCUUCGUCACUAACCUGUACACGGGCGGAGUGUUCUGCAUGCUCGCGGUGAUGGCGUUGGACCGCUACAUGUGUGUGUGCGUGCCGCUGCGGUACCACGUCCUCAUGACCCCGCUGAACCUCAAGUUACUGCUCUGUGGCGUCUACUCUUUUCUUUUCACAAUCUCGGUGGUGCAGGUUUUUCUCGUGUCGCGUAUGACGCUUUGCCGUUUCUCUAUGGACAAACUCUUGUGCGAUACUCUGACCGUGACCAAGUUGGCGUGCGAGCCGAGUUCUACGGUGGGCUCGUUCGGUUUGUUCUGCUCGUUCAGCGUGGUGGUGUUGCCGUGCGUCAUGAUCCUGCUCUCGUAUGCGCACAUCCUGGUGGUGGUGGUGAAGACGUCGGGGCGCUCUCAGAGUAAAGCGUUGAGGACGUGCGCGCCACAUCUCAUCACGUUUGCCAACUUCUCCAUGGCGUCGUUCUUCGGCGUGAUCAACCGGCGCCUGAACGACAACACGCCGCGGCCGGUGUACAUCGUGGUGGUCCUGGUUGUGCUCGUCUUUCCGCCGCUGCUCCAUCCGCUGGUGUACGGCAUCAACAUGAAGGAGAUCAGAGACAGAGUGAAAAGAAUCCACACAAACGCCACUGGCAGCAAGUAA